UUCUUCUUCGACAUAGAUCAUAUUGGAAUUCAAGUCAGUGUCAACUCCGGUCCUCAAUCUCGCAAGAUUUUUCCAUCCUCCAAGAGACUGGAAGCAGAGAUCCGCGAGAUGAUUGGAAUUCAUGCAUCCAUCAAUAACGAGAUGCUUCUGAUCGAACAGUCACGUCGUUCCUUGCUGUUGGCGAAAUCGGAGCUCGAGAAUCAAGUGAUUAAGUUGCGUGGAACUGUUGCUACAGCUGAGAGGGACUUGCUUCGACUCCAGGCAACGGUGACAUCCUAUCGUAAGGUUGCUGAUCUGCUCUCGACCAACGCAUCUACUUUCCGCUAUUUAUCUCCUGUUUCCUUUGCUACUUCAAACUCACAGUCGCUGUCCUUCAACGAGUGUAACAUGUACACUUGUUUUAACUGGACAGCCUGUCCUCUGCACUUGUCUUCUCACUUACGCGUUUGUUUCCACCAUGAAAGCGCAGUUCUAGAUCCGCGCUGGCACCAUGCUCUUCUCACAUCGCCCCACUUCUCCACCUCAUGUGAUCGUGCUUGCCUAAGAGUCAUCUUCUCCCCGGAGGCCUGCACUGGCACGCCCUGUCUUUACAUCGGCAUGGCUACCCAUGAACUCUCUCCUACGGUGAUACGUGCCUCAUUCACUCAAGGCGCUAUUCGUCCUGGUUAUGACCUUGUUCUGGCUCCCCUUGUCAAUGCGACUGCCGCGCAACCCUCACUGAUAGCUAGGCGUCGAAAUAAGUGGCUGUUAGGUGCAUCGCUAGGUACUUCAGAUGUCACGGAGGAGAAUGGGACUUUCGUUGGGUCCAUAUUGGUCGGUGCUACAGAUGAUGACUCAGUUAAUUUGGUUCUCAAACGCUCCAUAGAGGGUUGUUGGCCCGUUGAAGAAGAUCAUAAUCAUGUUCUCUGGCGGCCCUGCUAUGCGUCCAUUGAGAUCCUGAAAAACUCCACAUUCUGUCUGCUUGUCGAUAGUCUCCUCGACAGCCGCGUUAACAAGAGCGAAGUUGGAUUGGGGGAGCAGUUGAUAGCGUGUUUGUCGAACGGUGCUAUUCCCGUCUUCGCUUCCAGUGGCGGUGAGUCGCAGCUCUUUCCCUUCUGGGAGGUAUUGGAGCAGCAGUGGCGACGAAGCGUAGUUUUUAUUCCUCGUCCCAGACUCUCCCAUUUAUUGCCUCUUCUGCAUGCCUUUGAUGAAAAAAUUCUUGUUGAGAUGCAGAGACAGGGUCAGGAAAUAUGGCGUAAGCAUCUGAGCACUGUCGAUGCUCAAAUGGCUACCAUGUUCCUUGCGAUUAGUCGUCGCCUUGGUUUGCCUCAACCGCCAGCCCCGUUGACCAAAUCAAUUCCUGCUUUCACUUCCGGCCGUUUUCAUCCUGAUCGCGUCUACCUCCCAAGGCCCGAGGUAUUGGCCCAGGUUGAUGUAGACGGUCUCUUGGGUCCUCUGGGUCCCCAGUGGGACUCUCCUCCCAUGCCUCAGGUUGUUCCCAUCCCCAGCUUCCCAAACGCGGAUGUCUUCUGGACACACUUGCACACCCCUUGGGGCCUACCACCACUGCCCGUAGAAUUCCAAUUCCUUAAUACAGUGAACAAAUAUAGACCUAUCAAUCAUACUUGGGGCACGGCCGGAAAAGAAUUUGCUGCUGAUCUCGGUGGAAUGUUUCCCUACGAGCAGUUUACAAUCAUGGUGCUAACUUACGACCGUGAGGCUGUUCUGUCUGUGAUGCUAGAGGGCCUAAUGAAUCUGGCCUACCUUCACUCAGUUGUGGUAAUCUGGAAUAAUCCAAAAUCGCCCUCCAAGGACCUUAUUUGGCCCAAGCUCCAUGUACCUAUUUAUGUUAUUCGGGGCGGCAAGAACAGUUUGAAUAACCGCUUUCUUCCCUUUGAUGUCCUCAAAACAGAAGCGCUUCUUAUGCUAGAUGACGAUGUUACUCUUCGGCACGAUGAGAUUGUUCUUGCGUUCAGGAUAUGGCGAGAGAACCGUGAUCGAAUAGUUGGUUUCCCGGCCAGAGGUCACUUUUGGUCUUCUUCCAGCCAAAAUUGGUACUAUAACAGCGCCCACUCUUGCGAAUACUCUAUGAUCUUGACUGGAGCUGCAUUUAUACACCGUUACUAUCUGCACGCUUACUCCAUUGAAAUGCCUGCCCAAAUUCGACAAAUUGUUGAUAUAGAACUAAAUUGUGAAGAUAUCGCGAUGAAUUUCCUGGUAUCGCACAUCACCCGAAAGCCACCACUAAAGGUGACGACACACUGGUCUUUCAUUUGUGCUAACUGCACAUCUACACUUUACGGUCGAGUGGGGCAUACGGCUGUUCGUUCCAGUUGCAUCAACCGGUUUGAGAGGAUCUACGGCUACAAUCCACUGAUCUACACUCAGUACCGCGCCGAUUCGGUGCUCUUCAAAACUCGUCUUCCGUUAGGCAUGCAGAAAUGCUUCAAUUAUGUUUGA